ACCGAAACCAAAAGCACAAUGCCUUGCACUUUCUUCUCGACCCACGCCACAGCGACCUCGACUUCCACCCCAAACCUCUCGGCCCAAGCUCCUGUCUUCAAUUCUAGCACCAACAACCACAAGAACCAGGUCUUCUGUUGCCAAGCCAUCUUUCACUAUCACACCUGUAACUGCCGCAGUCCCCGUCCAAUCUUCUUCUGCAGCCUGCCCAACUGCCGCCACUCCACGCCCGACUUAGUAAUCUCCUCCCUCCCCUUCGCCUGCAACAGCCAGCAAGUCUCCCGCCGCAGAUGGCAACACACUAAUAAAUCCCUGAAAUGCCGGACCGAGGUGUGUUCGGCCGUCGAUCCGGCUAGCGAGGCAUUUUUCCGAGAGGAGGACACUGCGCAAAGAUUGGAUGAGGGGAGUGAGCUGCUUUGCUUGAAGGGACAAAAGGGGUUGGAUGCGGAGAGUUUAGGGCGAGUGGUCCCACCACACGUCGCGGAAGGAACCGGUGGUUGGAGAGAGGAGGUGGUUAUUAGGUAUGAGAGUUAUGUGGUUAAGCAGGUGGGAGUUAUUGGAGAUAAGAAAGGGAGGUCUGCGUUUUCUUCUGAUGCUACUAUUGCUUCUGGCACUUCAUCUCCAGGUUUGCAGGGAAGUAGCGCGCUUGCUGAUGAGGAGGCAAUGCCUGCUUUUCGGACGGAGCUCGAGGAAAAGGAGAAGAAAGGGGGGGUUGACAUAUUGGAGAUGGAGAAACGCACGUCGAAGAUUCACACGCCUUUUAACAGUUUGCAGAAUGAUUCUUCCGAGGACCCUGUGGGAGAAGGGCAAGUCGCAGGGUUUCCAGCUCCCUUGGAGCCUUUUCACAGAAGGUUUUUGGAAGAAGAGUAUGAUGAUUGUUAUUUUGACACCUACGAACCCUUUACCGUCUACGAGAACGAUAACGACGACGACGUUGAUUUCGACUGUUACAAUGACCUCAUCGAUAGUAGUAGCGGCGAUGACGAUGCAGAAUAUGAUGGCCUAGUGGACGGUGACUUGUUCAUCAACGCUCUCAAUGACGAUGAUGAUAGCGAUUCUCAGAAUACUUGCAAGAUCCUCGUCAACUCUAAGGAUGGGAAUGAGAUCUUCCAGCCUGCUCAGGAGGCCCAGUCCGCCAACACUACGCCCUUUGUAAAUGAUAAUGGAGAAGUUUCUGACAGCGAUUCCUUGGGUGGUGAAUCUUGCAUGCCCAAACCCAGAUCUGAAGACAUUAUUUCAGAUUUGCGGGCUGCAGAGAGAAAACCAGCUCGGCCCAAGAACCGGGGUUGGCUGAGCUAUCUUCGUGGCUAUUAG